CCAAUUUUCAGUCGUCAACUAAAUUACUAGCGAUAAAGUUCUUUCUUGCAGGCGGAAGUAUAAAAUAUUUUUAAUAUUUAUUCGGAAUUCCAAAAUUACUGUUAGUUAUUUAUUUCCAUUUAUAAAUUUAAAAUCAAUCUAGUGAGCUAUUAUUUUAUUUAAUAAUUUCAAAAAAAUGGACCCAAUGAAAGUAGAAGUUAAAGAAAUUGAGAAUCUUUUUAAUUUGGAUCCAUAUUUAAGACCACAAGAAAGGGAAAUAAGAAGAAGACAUGGAGUCGUUCAAGAAUGGCUUAAAAAAAUUGAAAAACUUGAAGGAGGAAUGGAAGUAUUUUCACAGGGUUAUAAAUAUUACGGUUUGCAUUUUCAAUCAGAUGGAUCUGUUAUAGCUCGCGAAUGGGCUCCUGGAGCACAGCAAGUGUAUCUAACGGGCGAUUUUAAUAAUUGGCAGUGGGAAAGCCAUCCAUUUAAAAAGCUUGACUUUGGUAAAUGGGAGCUAAUUAUUCCGCCUAAUAGCGAUGGAACUCCGCAAAUAAAACACCUUUCAGAAAUAAAAGUAAUUAUCAGAAGUCAAAAAAAUGAGAUGUUAGAUCGUUUAUCACCUUGGGCGAAAUAUGUAAAGCAGCCACCAAAAGAAGCAAAUCAAGGGGUAAAUUAUAAGCAAUAUGUUUGGAAUCCUCCUUCUAAUGAGCGUUACAAUUUUGUUGAAGCUCGACCAAAAAAGCCAAAAUCCCUUAAAAUCUAUGAAUGUCAUGUUGGGAUUGCUUCACAAGAACCAGCUGUAGGUUCUUACAAAAAUUUUGCUGAUAAUAUCAUUCCUAGAAUAGUUAAACAAGGUUAUAAUGCAAUCCAAGUUAUGGCUAUAAUGGAACAUGCUUACUAUGCAAGUUUUGGAUAUCAGGUUACUAGCUUUUUUGCUGCUUCCAGUCGAUAUGGAACACCAGAUGAGUUAAAACAAAUGGUUGAUGUAGCCCAUAAAAACGGUCUUUAUGUUUUGUUAGACGUUGUUCACUCUCACGCUUGCAAAAAUGUUCAAGAUGGCCUUAAUAUGUUUGACGGAACUGAUAGCUGCUAUUUUCACUCAGGAGCUAGAGGCGAGCAUAAGCUGUGGGAUAGUCGUUUGUUUAAUUACUUGGAGUAUGAGGUUUUAAGAUUUUUAUUGUCAAAUUUGAGAUGGUGGCACGACGAAUACAGAUUUGAUGGUUUUAGAUUUGAUGGAGUGACUUCAAUGUUGUAUCACUCACGUGGUAUAGGAGAAGGCUUUAGCGGUGAUUAUAAUGAAUAUUUUGGAUUAAAUGUCGAUACAGAUGCUUUGACAUAUCUAGCUUUAGCAAACAAUUUAAUUCAUAGUUUAAGCUCAGAAGUAAUUACUAUUGCUGAGGAUGUGUCUGGAAUGCCAACUUUAUGUCGUCCGAUUGAUGAAGGUGGUAUUGGCUUCGAUUAUCGCUUAGGAAUGGCAAUCCCUGAUAAAUGGAUUGAAUAUUUAAAAGAAAAAACUGAUGACGAAUGGGAGAUGGGAAACAUUGUUCACACAUUAACAAACCGUCGGUACAAAGAAAAUACUGUAGCAUAUGCUGAAUCUCACGAUCAAGCUUUGGUUGGCGAUAAAACUGUUGCUUUCUGGCUCAUGGAUAAAGAAAUGUACACCCAUAUGUCUACCUUAUCGGAACCUUCAAUAAUAAUUGAUCGUGGUCUAGCUUUACAUAAAAUGAUACGAUUAAUUACGCACACAUUAGGUGGUGAAGCUUAUUUGAACUUCAUGGGAAAUGAAUUUGGCCACCCUGAGUGGCUAGAUUUCCCAAGAGCGGGAAACAAUGAUUCAUAUCACUAUGCCAGAAGACAGUGGAAUUUAGUUGAUGAUGAAUUAUUAAAAUAUAAAUUUUUGAAUGCUUUUGACAGAAAAAUGAAUGUUUUAGAAGAGGAAUAUGGUUGGUUAAGAAGUGAACCAGCUUACGUUAGUUGGAAGCAUGAAGGGGACAAAAUAAUAGCUUUUGAAAGAGCUGGUUUAGUUUUUGUCUUUAACUUUCAUCCAACAAGAAGCUUUACUGGAUAUAGAGUUGGAACAAAUAUCGCUGGUGUUUACAAGGUUGUAUUAAGUUCUGAUGAUGCAGAAUUUGGUGGACAUUCAAGAAUAGAUGGCAAUUGUGACCAUUUUUCAAAUCCAGAAGGUUAUGCUGGGCGCCAAAAUUUCAUUGAAGUGUACACUCCGUCAAGGACAGCUGCCAUUUAUGCAAAAGUAAAGUGAUAACUGUUCUAAAGAGACUGUUCUCUAUCUAAAGUUUGUUAUAUAUGAAUAGCAUUAGGAACUAACCAUGUUGUACAAAGAAAUUUGUGUUAAAUAAAAAAUUUAUAUU